GUCGAGAAAUGUUGUGCCACUUAUUUUAAAGUCUCUUUUAAAAUUCUCGGACGACAGCUGAUCUUUGGUCUGGGCUCACCCCUGCAACUGGACCGCGAGAGCGUGAUCGUCGGUCUCUUUUCGAAGAUUGUGUACGAGAUGCCUUCCAACGCGUCAGACUUCACUAUUCCAGGAGUCUAUUACUCUCGAACGCAGAAGAGCAGGUGGAGUAUUUACAAGGUGCUGGAAAAGGUGGCUGAUCUAUACGGAUUCGGCGGCAAAGCGUGUCUAUUGAAGGCCAUUUGUGAAGCUGCGUCUGCUCCUUUCGACGGGACUCAUGGUUUACUGGGACAGCUGUUGCACGUGUUCUUCAAGCCUUCUAGCACCGACGAGCGGUACGACGAGUACGGGGAUCGGGAGUACCGAGCGGCCGAACGUUUGGGUGAGCAGAUGUCGACGGAAAACUGCCACGCCCUUUAUCCCGAAUGCCGCAGAAGUGUGCUCGACGUAUUUUCCACGGUGAUCACGUGAACUCUCUACACCGCUGGAUCCCUGUGAAGA